AUGUCUUACAUUUUCAUUGCAAGUAAAAUUACUUUUCUAUUCACUCACUUUGCACUUACUUCUCUCUCUUCCCAUUCUAUUUUGCUCUCUCUCUCUUUCUUUUAUUCUACUACUUCCUUUUUUUAUUCUAUUCUACUUGCCUUCUCUUUUAUGUUACUUAAGCUUUUGAUUUAUUUUUUUGCUCAGUCAUUCAAUUUUCCUUUUUCUUUCUUUCAUUCUUUCUUUCUUUCUUUCUUUCUUUCUUUUCCAUUUCCUCUGCUCUCUUUGACUUCUACUAGUAUUCUCUCUUUUCUGUCUCAUAUGCUUCUCCUGCUUCCUGGUUAUCUCAUCAUUCCAUUCAUUUCUCUCACUUCUCUUUCCUUUCUUCAUUCUUUCAUUAUUUUUCUCUCUUUUAGUACAAAUCUUUUUUAUCUAUCUAUCUAUCUAUCUAUCUAUCUAUAUAUAUAUAUAUAUCUAUAUAUAUGUAUUGUUUCAACUCUCCCAGUUUUUGUUUCAAUAUACUUCUCAUCUGUUUCCUCCAUUUUCCUUUUGUCACUGCCCCCACCUCUCUUUUUAAAACCUUCUCUUCUUUUACAGUUAUUAUUCAUUUUCCCUCCUCUCAUUUCCUUUUUCCUUCCACUCUAUAGCCUUCCACUGCUUCUCCUUUUUCUCUUCCUUUUCUCUCUUCUUUUACUCACAUUUUUUAUUCUUAUCAUUUCUAGAGUUCUCUUCAGUUUUUCCUGUCAUUUCUUUUCUGUCGAUCUCAUCUCUUCUCUAUUCUAG